AAACAAACACACUAACAAACACACACAAACACACACAAACAAACACACACACUAACAAACACACACGAACACACACAAACAAACACACACAAACAAACACACAAACAGAAGGAAAACACAGACAUAGAACCUGAGGACAAAGACCAGGACCAAAGCAGACCAAAACCCGGACCAGACACUGACCGGACCAGGACCGGACUAGGACCAGACCGGGACUGGAUCAGACCAAGACCAGAUCAGGGCCAGAACAGACCACAACUGGACCAAGACCAGACCAGAACCAGAUCAGAGCCAGGACCAGAGCAAACUAGACCAUGGCCAGACCAAGACCAGACAAGGACCAGAUUGGAACCAGGACCAGACCAGGACCACCACGUCCUCAUCUGUCUGGCCUCAUUGUGUCAGUUCUUCUGUUCUGGUUCUCUUCGUCCCUGCAGGUCCACGGAGCCGCUCUGGUCCAGCCCGAUCCGCUUCAGACCAGUUCAGACCGCUGGUUCGGUCCGGUUCAGACCAGUUCAGACCAGCAGUCAUGUUGAAUCCUCUGAGGGUCCUGGUUUCUGUCAGAACCGGUCCUCCGUCCCGCUGCUGCUCCAGCUUUGUCUCCAGGAUGAGGUUCAUCAGCCGACUGAAGGAGGAUGAUGAGGCGUGUGCCGCAGCGCUGCAGAACGGAUCCGUCCUCCUGUUCCACAAACUGGAACCACUGCUGCACAGAACCAAGACCGGAACCUUCAGACCCGGGUCACAGCCCAGCUCAGGGUUGCAGUCGGUUCUGGAGCGGCUCGGUGCAGACAGAUCCCUGCUGAUGGAGUCGGUUCUGAUCGGCUGCUCUGAACAGAACCAGGCUCAGUUCUGCUUGGACGUCGGUAAGAACCUCAUGAAUGCGGUGUUUCCUGCACACUGCCGGGCCCUGAAUGCACCACUGUGUUCUGUGUGUUUAGGGGGUUUGGACCGGGUCGCCAUCGAGGACGUGUGUCGGGGGAAGUUCGUGGACCUGAGGAAGUCCUUCUUCCUUCUAACUGGGCCUGAGGCGCCUCUGGUGGCCAAGGCUCAGGCUCUGCUGCGCUGGCACCAAACCCACGGCUUCUGCAGCGCCACGGGCCAACCCACCCAGCGGAACCGGGCCGGGAGCCAGAGGGUCUGCGGCAGCAGCGGCAUCGUGUACUACCCACAGAUGUCUCCGGUCGUCAUCGUCCUGGUGUCUGAUGGGAAACGGUGUCUUUUAGGUCGACAGUCGUCGUUUCCACCGGGAUUGUACAGCGCACUGGCAGGAUUCUGUGACAUGGGUGAGACCGUGGAGGAGACUCUUUCCAGGGAGGUGGCAGAGGAGGUGGGUCUAGAGGUUGAGGGCGUGUCCUACAGCUCCUCACAGCAUUGGCCCUUCCCACACAGCUCCUUCAUGAUUGGCUGCCAUGCCUCCAUUAGCCCCGCCCACACAGAGCUGACCGUCGACCGCUCUGAGCUAGAGGACGCUCGCUGGUUCACGCUGGAGGAAAUAAGCUCCGCCCUGCAGGUGAAGACCCCGCCCAGGAGAGGGGACCCGCCCGUCACCUGGCUCCCACCGAGUCACGCCCUCGCCCACCGCCUCAUCACGGAGUGGGUGGAGCUACAGCGCAGCGGGGAGGCGGGAAAAUGACGAAGAUGAAGAAGCUUCGAUCAGUUUGAUACACGAUCAAUACUAACGGUGUCAUGUUGUGAAUCUACCUCAUGUUUGUAUUAAAACACUGAAGUC